AUGCAGAGGACCACGUCGCCUUGGCGCUUGGUUCUGCUCGUUGGCUGCGCCUCGAUCCUCCUCGCAUGUGGUGGCGCUGCGGCGGAGGUGGCGACGAUCGAGUGGGUGGAGCCGGUGGAUGGGCACUGGUGGGAUCCGCUCCGGUGGCGCGACUCGGCCACCGGCUCACCGCGGGUGCCCACCGAGAGCGAUCGUGUUCACAUCACCACCUUCGUCGGCCAGUCCUUCAGCGUUUUUGUCGACCCGCUGGAGACAGGGCAGAGCGUGACAGUCGCAUCGUUGACGGUGGGCUCACCGGACAUGGACUGCUGUGCCAGAAGCGGCCGUCCGGGGUGCUGGGCGGCUCUCACACUGCGCGGAGGGAAGCUCACUGCAAAGGACGCGCUGCUUGUGAACCCGUUCGGCGUGUUGCGGUUCACCAACAGUCCAGUGGCCGUCGAUGCGUCACAAGGCCUCAGCGCGCUGGUUUCGGCCAACACCACUAUCAAGGGGUGGGUGCAGGGCAGCGCCACGUUCCAGGGCAAUGUCGUCGUCCUCCCCGGCACACGGGUGGUCGUGGCCACGCUCUAUCCCGACGCCACAAUCCAGUACCCGUGGGGCAACUGGUUCAUCGACGGCAACCUCACAGUCCACUCCCGAACCGAAUUCCUCUUCAACAUCUCUGCGGAGAUCGCGGCGCAGAUCAAAGCGACUACGCUGGUGGUGCAGGAGUCCGACCUGGCGAUCAAUAGCACCGUCACCCCGGCGCCGAACUGCACCUCCCUGCAGCGGAGCGGUAUCGUUAUCUACACCUACGACGGCACAUCGACCACUGGCCUUCUGCCUUCGUUCUUCCUCUACGAUAGCCUCAUCGGAACCUCCGAAGGGCACAGGCUCGUCCUGCUCCUCGACUUCAUCGCACUCCACGGCAUCCCACACGUGCUCCUGUCCUCCCGGCCGAACCGGGACCGAUGGCAGGGGAACGUGCAGCAGCGAUUUCACGCCACCGCGUUGCGUGUGCCCUGCUGGCUGGGCCGGUUUCGCCUGCGAGAUCCCAACAAUGGCCUGUGCAUCAGCAACACCGGGUCGCAGCCCUUCUGCCGGUGCGACGCCAACUGGACCGGUCCUGCCGGCCAACCCAACGACUGCUCCGUCCCGGUGUGUAGCAACAACUGCACGAGCCCCGACAACGGCGUUUGCACGGCGGCCGACUCUGGCCUACCCCACUGCCAAUGCCGCGAGGGUUGGGCGCUUGGACCCGAUCUCGACUGCUCCGUCUCGUACGCCAAGUGUCCGGGCCGAGGAGGGAACGAGUGUUCGGGCCGAGGGUCGUGCAACCGCACGUCGGGCCAGUGCUUGUGCGCUGAGGCCUGGCGCGGUGUUGAUUGCUCGCACACCGAUUGCCCGGGCUCGCCGGACUGCAGCCACCACGGUGAAUGCGUGACGGUGACCGAUGGCACGACGGACGCGGUCAAGUGCCAGUGCGCCCCCGGCUGGACUGGUCCCGACUGCUCCCAAGCCGAGUGUGCGGUGGGGAGCAUGCCGUGCUCGGGUCACGGCAAGUGCGUCGAUGUGGGCCUUGACCCGCCGCGCUGCGUGUGCUCCGCCGGGUGGACGGGACCCAACUGCUCUGUGGCCCUCACCGACUGUGACGCGGCGCCGCAUUGCAUCGGAUGCUCCGGCGACCCCACGGCCAAGUACUGCACCUCAUGCGAAGCCGACUGGCGCGGCGCCGACUGCAACACUCCGUACUGCCUGGCGGCGAACGACUUCCACGUGUUCCCCGAGUGCGCUGGCCAUGGCUCGUGCUCGACGACUGGUGCCGGCGGCAGUCCGGCGUGUCAGUGUCGGUCGGGCUGGCUGGCCGGCGAAGGGCAAGCAGAGUGCUCAGGCCACGGCGUAUGUUCGACCGAUCUUGCCAGCCCGGCGUGCAUGUGCGACGCCUUCUUCUACGGCAACUCGUGCUCCUCCUGCGGGGCGGUGGUGGCCGCAUCUACAGAUGAGCCGGUGUGCCCGGGCUACCCGGACGAGUGUACCAACAGCGAUCAGGGGACUGCGCCGACGGAUGGCGCGGCCUGGGCCGACUGCUCGGUGGUGCGGUGCCCCGGCGCCAAGGAGAACUGCAACGGGCGCGGCGAGUGCGACUCGAGCGUGGAGCCGGCCGAGUGCCGGUGCCAAGACAAUUGGACCGGCCCCGACUGCGCUACUCCGAUCUGUCCGAACGGCUGCUCGGGCAACGGGAAGUGCAGCGACUCGACCAACCCGCCGGUGUGCGAGUGCAUGCCCUACUGGGGCGGACCGGACUGCUCCAGGAGCGAACAGCGCAGCGGUUCCACUGGCGACGACUCAGCGACCUACGCAGCGGUCGGCGGCGCGCUUGGAGGAGGAGUUGUGCUGCUGCUGGUGGGCGUGGUGGCGGCCAUCGCCUUGUCCAAGGCGAUCUCGGCCUACAAGACGCGACAGAUCAACAAGGGUCUUCGGAUCGGCCAGGUCAACUUCGUGCUGGAGGAGGCCGA